CAUCACUGAUGGGCACUGAAAGGCAGCACUCAUAUAUGGCACUGAUAGGCGGCACUGACUGGCACUGAUGGGUGACACAGAAAGGCAACUCAGAUAGGCACUGAUAUGUGGCAUUGAUGUGCACUGGUAGGCACUGAUAUGUGGCAUUGAUGUGGCACUGAUGGGCACUGGCAGGUGGCAUGGAUGAGCACAAACAGCUGGCACUGAUAGACACUGACAGGUGGUACUGCUGGGGCUACACAGAUCAUCAGGGCACACUGAUCAUCAGUGCCCUGAUGAUCACUGUCAGCAUGACAGCUCAUGAGGAGAGAAAUGCUGAUAACCGGCAUUUCCCUAUUUACAUGUGAUCAGCUGUGAUUGGA